AUGAGGAUCCUACACAAAUCGAAGAGGGCUCUGACACCCCUCCCGCAGGUCGCGGAACUCAUCAAUAAGCUUCUUGACACCCCCGAGGACGACCUCCACGAGGUCCUUAGCCAGAUCGAUACCUGGCGUUGGCCGCGCUCCGAUCUCAAUGCGUGGAUCAAGGUCCUCAACAAAUUCGAUGCUGUCCUCGAGGACGUCACCCGAGACUAUGAUAUCGACAAACUUCAGACCAACGUGUUCACGCCGCUCACGAAAAAGACGGUCUGCGAGAUACUCCGGUUCGAGCGGCUGCUGCUCGAAAACUCAACGAACCGGAAGACGUUCAAUUCGUACGACCGACUGAACAGCCUCAUGUUCACGUCCGACUUGGACGUCCUCAUCCUGGCCCUCAACCUGCUCUUGCGCCCGGCGCAACAGUACACCGCACAACCCGCCGUGCUACAUGCACUCAGCAUCUCGACCCCUCGCCUCACCUCUCUUGCAAAACGAUGGCCGAACCUGCGCGAAUACGACAUCAACCUUGUCGAUCUCGUAACUGAGAAGGGGCGGCCUCAGUUGGAGGCGCUCCCGAAUGAAGCGCGCGAAUCCCAACCCGCGGAGCCCGUUCAGCAUACACCGACUCACAAGCCUGCGGGCUCUGCCACCGUCAACCCCGCGGCACCCGCUUCCGGAGCCGUCAACAUUCACAUUGACUCGAACACAAUACAGUCCAAGGAGCCGAUGGAUGUCCUCGCAGACAUCAUUGAGGCGUAUUCGGUGCCUGACACUGAGAAGUUUGAACUGCUCACCCGUAUUCGCGCGGCUCGGGCGGCGAACAUCUCACAUGCAGCUGAACGCGAGAAACUCGUCACCGUCCGCCUCCUGGCUACCGCCAUCUUCGGACACACGCAUACCGAGUCCCAGGCUCAGUCAAGUCUCCUCCUGUACGAGCCCGAUCUCGUCGCGCACGUUGCGGAGCUCCUCCAGCUCGACCGUGGCGUGGACGUGCAAAUUCAGACUGCGGCCAUCGCUGCGCUCGACGCAUUUGGCCGAUACAGGAGUAAGAUCCAAGACGUGCUCUCCGCCGUCAACGCCGGCGUCAACCAUGGUAUCUUGAUGGCGCUCCUGCGAAAGACUGUGGCAGACGUUGCGCAGCCGACGUCGACGUUGCCGCAAUCUUUCGUGGAAGCACUAUUCUCCUUCGUGACAUUCAUCGCGACGCACGCGUCCGGCGGUAACAUGGUGGUCGGCGCAGGAUUGAUUCCCCUCCUCGUCCAAGUCAUCGAGAACAGGCUACCUAACAGACUCUACGUCGUCUCGAAGGCUAUGCAACUGGUAGACAAUGUUUUGUACGGGUUCAACAAUGCCUUCCAGCUGUUCUGCAACAGUCGGGGCGUGGACGUGCUCGUCGACAGGAUAGAGUACGAAGUAGAACUGGAUCUCGCGCAAUGCGCCACUCAGGAGCCGUCGCGCGAAGUCGUCAUCUCAUAUGGGAAGCUCUCGGUAGCACGCGCAGCUGUGCUCAAACAUACAUUACGCUCUAUGCAUCGCAUGAUGCAAUCGUCGGGGACGUCUGAGGGCCUCCGCGGUCUUCUCGAUUCCUCUUUGAUGAAGUCAGUGAAGAAGCUCAUGGAGAACCGGAGUGUCUUCGGGCCCACUGUCCUGCCGAUUGCGAUCAACAUCAUGUCGACAUUCGUCCACAAUGAGCCGACGUGUUUGCCCGUCAUCCAGGAGGCUGGUUUACCUGAAGCGUUUAUAGCGUUCUUCGUCAUCCAAGCAGUUCCGAACGCCAUCGGAGCUCUUUGUCUUAACCAGGCCGGCCAAACUCAGCUUGCGGAACGCCCGAACAUCAUUCCGGGUCUUUUCAGCAUCUUCACCUCCGAGCGUCAUCAAAGGGUCCUGCAGGACAAAGAGAACGCAGCCAUCAUUGGUACCGCCGUCGAGGAGCUGAUUCGUCACCACCCAUCACUCAAGCAAGCCGUCUUUACGUCGAUCAAAGCUACGAUGGAGAAGAUCCAUCAGUUAGGUAGAGACUACACCCCUGCAGACGACAUCAAGCAGUGGUACAUGCUGUCGCCCACAAUCCCUCCGGUUCUGCCGAGCGAGAAUGUUGUCGUGGCGCCUAUGGAUGUCGACGUCGACAUGCAGUCGAACGAAGUCAGCACGUCUCAAGCAGGUCCUUCGAACCCUCCUGCUCCUGCACCUGAGCCAGCGUCGCCUAGUCAGGAUGAUAUCACCGUUCCGAAGUCUCAUGACAACAUGAUUGUCUCCUUCAUGGAUGUCCUGUGCAAGUUCUUGGAGGGAUUCUUCCAGCAUCCUCCCCAUUGCCGCGAAUUCGUUGCAGACCAAGAAGCUCUGGACCGCUUCGGCAAGCUGACGGCGCUCCCCUGUUUGCCUUACGACUUCGCCAAUGGGUUGCCGUCGGAUUCGUUCGUGCAAGUCAUUCGAACCAUGGCAGAGAGUGCGACCAGCGAGACUGUGAUGUUCCUCGUCAACAUUGUCCGCGAAGCGCUUGAGGCGACGAAGGAUUUCUGGGAGACAUCACAAGAGGGAUCUCAGUUCUGCCACUGGUCAACAUAUCUGCGACUGGUAUGUGACGAUCUUGGUCGUGCCAAUGAGCGUCUUCGUCGUUUCAUUACGCUACACAUCCGCACGUCGCUGUUAUCCGAUAUAUAUGCAACCGCGGGUUACGCACAUGGUCGUGCGGCGGCUGCACUCCUCCAGUCUCUGACCGGGCCUUCGUCGAAGAACAUAUUAGAAGACCUUGGGGCUUUGCAUAGGGCAUGCAUCUGGGAGAACAUUGUCCUAAAGUCUGCCCUCACAUCUCAGGGCGUCGAGGCACAGCCACCGUCGGAUUUAUUAUCUCUGUCUUCGCUCCUCAACAUUCAGACUCCUUCCGCUGGAACACCCACCCUCGGUUCCGAUGAGGCGCGGCCCGCGGCAGGUAACCAGAUCGCUGGUAUGGCCAACGGCGUGCAAGGAGAGUCAUCAUCAACUCCGACGCCUAAGCCAGAUACGCCGAAGGAUGGCGACCCCAAGAAGCAGAACGCGCAGAUUCUCAGGCAUCUGGCCAGUCAGAUCCCCAGCUCCCUCGCGCCGUUCUUCCAAGCUAUCGUGCGGCUGUUCCAGACGCGUCGUACUACCGAUGCAGCACACAAGCAGAAGAUCCGUGAGACUGCGGGGAUCGUGGCCGAAGUGAUGACGCGUCAUCUCGACGAGAAGCCUUUCUCGGACAAACUCUCUGUGUUGGCCUUCCAUACGGUGAUGCUGGGGCUGGCGACAAUUCUUCUCGUCGAUGAGCAAACGAACAACAAGACUCUCUAUACGGCACUCCUGGUUGCCUUCCACAGUGCGGGAGGAGUUGAUGCUAUCCUCAACCUCACUGGCCACUUCGUGAGCGACAUCGAGGCGCUGACACAAGUCAGUCUAGAGGAGCGUUCGGAGCCAGCUAAGCAAGAGCUAGUGCAUGUAUUCGGAGGGUUGAAGGUUGCCCUGCAUCUGAUGCACCCCAUUAUAACCGCGAAGCCCCUGCUGGAAGCGUCCCAGACCGCAAUGUUACUCUCGUCCGAGAAGAAGGAGACGGAUCCAGACUACUUCGAGCCGCACAACUUCUUGGUCCGACUGAGAGUGGCAGUCAUGCCGCUUCUCGUCAGGCUCUGGACAGCACCAUGGCUGGUAUCCGCGCCCCUGGGUGUGACCAGAUCCGCGGUGCAGAUCGUUAUGGAGAUGUUGAACUCUGAGGGAGAAGCUGCAAAGGAAGGCCCUCAGCCAGCCGCUGCGUCCGCUGCGCCGGGCGGAUUCUUGUUUACACACGGACCGGACGCGAAUCGAGUUCGUCAGCUGGUGGACAUGGGCUUCCCUCGUUCUGCUGCAGAGCGAGCGCUCACUCGUACGAGGAACAACGUGGCUGCUGCUACCGAGCUUUUGUUGGCGCAUCCCUUCCCAUUCCCUCCGGACCCGGAGCCAGCGCAACCUGCGGCGGAAGGACCACCUGCUGAGGGCGAUGCGAUGAACGUGGAGGCUGGCGAUGGAGAAUCGUCUCAGCCCACAGGCGAGGCGUCCGAAGUAGUCGCAGAGGGUGAACCUGACAGCGCAGAGUCAUCUGCGCCACCGCGUAAAACCUCCGAGGAGUGGUUGCAAGAGCUGAACGAGAGUCGCGAGCCGCUCAAGAACGUUAUGGGAGAGCGAGUAGUCAAGCUAGUCGAUGAGCAUCCUAGUCUCGUCUUCGACGUCCAGAGGGUGUUUGUCGGUCCUAGCGACGGUUACCGAGAUCAAGCCGUGCGCCUCCUUAUGGACGACAUCAAGUCGUUCUCCACGGCUGCCUAUGACGUGCAGGAGCAGCCAAUGGCAGUGCGGUGCCGCUUGCUUGCGCUUGUCUUGCACGACCCAUCGUCGACAUUGGCGCAGUUGCCGGAAGGCGACGCGAAGGCCCUCGUGGAAACAUUGCUCGCACUACUUCUCUCGAACCCCGUAAACAUGGACGGCGGCCAUCCCACUCUUCCGAAAUGGCUGGCAGCACACCUGCUCGUGACGGAAGCUAUUCUCCUCACGAGCGACGAGCCACGGAGUGUCACCUUACCGAAGGAGGAAGAACCGAUUCCGGACGAGUCGCUUACGACAGACUCUACGUAUCCUGAAGCUAGGACAAUCCUCUUCGACUUCUGCAUGCGCUUGCUUGCCAUUCCCGCGCUUCCAAAGGACGAAUUUGUCUCAGCGCUGAGGUUGUUCGUCCUCUUAACCCGGGAGCGCCGAUUCGCGGAUGAUUUUGUCCGGCGCGAAGGACUCAAUCUCCUCUUCCAAUACCUCAAGAUUUCCGCUGGGACGCCCAGUGCGGCUGGCAUGCAGUCUCACAUCGCGAUGAUCCUACGCCAUGUUGUGGAAGAUGCCCCUACCCUCCAUCACAUCAUGCGUCAAGAGAUCCGACGAUUCUUUGCUCAUCCUCGUAAUCGUCUCGUGGACUUGAACAGCUAUGUCAUGGGCUGCAAUGCGUUGGCCCUCCGUGAUCCACCCGUCUUUGUCCAAGUGACGAAGGAGCUCUGUCAACUAUGGCAACCCUACGGAGCGGUGAAGAGUAUUGCACUGAAGGGGGAAAACAAGUCCGCGGGCGAACGCAAUGACAGUAGCCACAACUCGGACAUGCAGGUUGACGAGCCUUCUACAGGACAACAACGCCUUCCACAUACAUCGGUAGAGGCCCUCGUGCAUUUCUUGAUCGCUGAGCUCACUCCUGGUCAAUCCACGGAGCACCCACCAGAGCAUCCUUCCUCGUCUACUGGCAUACCGUCUAUCUCUCCUGCAACGUCGAAUGACCGCGACGAUCAUGUUUACUCGUGCUUCUUGAUGCAAUGCCUAACGGAGCUCCUCUUCUCAUACGAGUCGUGCAAGGUGGCUUUCCUAUCAUACUCGCCGAAGAAACGACAACAGGCUGGUGCAAAGGAGAUACCGGUCAAAUAUCGGACAGCUGCUAUCCAGUUCCUCUUGUCUGACAUGAUCCCGGAAACGCAUUUGCUCUGCAACUGGGCUAUGUCUGUGAUUGUAGCACUCUGCGUCGACACGUCGUUUACUCAAGACCUCAAAGAAGUCCCGGCAGAGCUCGUGUCUGUUCGCAAAUUCGUUCUGGAAGCCAUCAGCCGCGCGUUGAAGGACCUUCCUGCCUCAGAGAACGCAGAAACACGAUACAGCCGCUUGCUGGCUCUUGCUGACCUGUGCUAUCGGCUGCUCACGGUGAGGUUCAAUACCAGCUCGCGCAAGGCUCACGAUGAAGUUCCGACUCAUGUUGCCAAAGUCAUGCUGGAGAAGAACUUUGUCGCGACGUUGACUAGCGCCUUGGCUGAAGUGGACCUCAAUUAUCCAAAUAUACGUGGAGUCGUCACUGGAAUCUUGCGUCCACUGGAGUUCUGUAUUUCGAAGAUCGCCAUCAAGAUGAGUCGAGUAUCGGAGAGACCGAAGGAAUCCGUAGAUGAAGCGGCUGACGACGUGGAGUCCAUCAUCUCGGAGGAGAACGAAGAUAGCGUGUUACAUGACAUGCACAAGCUGCCCACGCUGAUGUGUCUUUACGAAGACAUGGAUGAAGAUGGUGCAGAAGACGAGACGACCGAUGAUACUUCUGCUACGGACGACGACGUCGGAGAUGACCUUGAGGAAGACCUAGAGAACGAGACGGGAGAAUCGGAGGGUGACUGGCAAGAUGAAGAUGAGGAUGAUGAAGAGGAAGGACUCGUCGAGAACGAUGAAGACGAUGCUGAAGAAGCUGGAGACGAUGACGAUGACGAGGAGGAAGGCGAAGAGGUGAUGUGGCAGGACAUUGCAGUGGGUGACGCUAUUGUAGAUGGCGACGAGCAGGAUGACGACGAAGAAGGCGGAGAUGCCGUGCCCAUAAUGCAUAUGGACAUGAACGAGGAAGCCGAUGUAGCUUCUGAAGAAGAAGAUUUCGCCGAUGACUUAGAUGGCAUCGACCAAGGCCCGGUAGAUGGAGACCUCUUGGAGCUCGCUAACGGCUUUGCCAACGCUCUGGGCGGAGGAGUAGUCGGCCAUAUGGGGCGAGCCGUUCAACCUAUGAUAUGGGCCGGUGCUCCAAUGCGCGCGGGUAGUGGUCGUCGUCGCAAUACUGAUGAUGAAAUGGACAUCUUCGGCCGGCCUCGCAAUGCAGCGCUACCCGCCCCGGAAGCUGCUGUUCAUCCUUUACUUGUCGAUCCAUCGUCAAGCAUCCCCCGUGCUCCAUUAUUCCAGCACAUCUUCUCACACGGCCGCGGCGGUGGUGGGGAAACAAUCCGCAUAGACGUGCCAUCAGGUGCCUUAGGCCCAUUGCAGAGACAUGGUCGUGGGACUAUAUCUGCGUCGAUCCGACUCGAGAGGGCACCACGUUCUGGAGAGGGCCGUUCUGAAGGCCGUAACCUCGACCCACUACUUACGGUCAAGAUGCUCCACGGCAAAUUCGAGCAAGGUCGACUUUCCAAGCUUGUAAACCACGUCGUGCUCGCCCUCCUUCCUGCUGCUGUAGAGGCUAUCAAGCAAGCUAAAGUGGCUGAGGAACGAGAAGCAGCGCGUCAACGCGAAGAGCAAGAGAAGGCUGAAGCCGAGGCGAAGGCGAAGGAAGCUGAAGAUGUCAAGGCACAGGAGGAAGAUCAGGCGCAUCAAGAGGCGGGAGCGGCCUCCCAACCGCAACAAGAGACACCGACAGCCUCCGUAGACGUGGAUGCUGAAAUGACCGAUGUCUCAGUCACGGCAGCCCCUGCCAUUUCUGAUGCAGCCCUCCCCGCAGAUACUCCCAUUGACGCGAAUGACGAAGGCGAUGGGCAAGGGGCAGCAGAGGACGGCGGGUCAUCCAGUGCUGCCCAGCGCGUGAUCGUCACGAUCCAUGGAAAUCCCGUCGACAUCACUGACACGGAGGUACUGAACCAGCAUGUCCGAGACCAGCGUGCUGCUAGGGUCGAGCGCCCAGCGGAUUCGCAGAUCAGCGCGGAAUUCCUCGAUGCCUUACCCCCGAACUCCCGAGUGGACAGUGCUGGCCAACGAGAAGGCGCUGCCGACAUUGACCCUGCUACGUUCAUUGCCAGCCUCGAUCCUCAACUACGCCAGGUCUUGCCACCUCAAAUGCUCGCCGAGGCAGGAAUCAAUCGCACUCGUUUGGAGACCAUCCGUUCCACGCAAGCCGCAGCGACCAAUCGACACCAGGCGGCAUCGACAACCCCUCAGCAAGCCCAGAAGCCACCUACAUCACGCGACGCGAUCCAACUUCUCGAGAAGCCUGCGAUCGCAGUUCUCAUCCGCUUGCUCUUUUUCCCACAUACGCUGAAGAAAAAUCUGCUUUACAAAGUUCUCGUCAACUUGUGCGAGAACUCGAAGACGCGGACUGACCUCUUCAACUUGCUCCUCAACAUCCUUCAAGAUGGGUCUGGUGAUCUGGCUGCUAUUGACCGGAGCUUCGCACAAAUGUCUUUCCGCAGUUCAAAACAAGCAGCGCAGCAAACUCCAAAAGCGGUCGGCAAGCAGCGUGUCCCCUCUGACUAUUUUGGAGCCCUGGCCUCACCGCAGUGGCAACAUGAGAUAGUUCCCGAGCUCAUCGUGCAGCGAUGCUUGGAAGCAUUGACGUACAUCACGCCUUCCAUCGUCGAGUCAGUUGUGACUCUGCUAGCGACUGUGACCCGUCCCCUCGCUAGUCUCAAGGACCUAGGCAAAGAGAAGAACGAGACCUCGGACGCGACUGUCUCUGCUACGUCUCCCCCGUCAGAGCCUCCGGCUGUUGAAUCCGAGACGGCACAACCGCAAGCCACAGAUGCGCCUGCCACUGGAGAGGCGUCACAAAGUCAAGGGAGCAAGCCUGAUGCUACUCGACCGACGGAGGAAAAAACGCUACUUGCACAUCCGCCUGUCGUUCCGCACACUGUGAUGCGUUCAAUUGUCAACAUCCUCACCGCUGGCGAGUGCUCAGGGCGGACGUUCUCGCAGAGCCUUUCCCUUAUUCAGCACUUGUCUUACGUGCCUGAUGCUCGGGACGUCAUCGCGAACGAACUCCGCUCGAGAGCGCAAGACUUCGGGCAUGGCCUCUACACAGCUCUGGACGAGCUGGCCGGUGCUUUGCAGGAGUCUAAAGGCGAUGCAAAACUUUUGCGCGUACUGAAGACCAUCGACUACAUGUACUCGCCGAAGUCAAUAGCUGCGCCUGGGACGGCUGUCAGCGACGUUGACGUCGAGAAAGUGCAGAGCAUCUACGAGUCGUUCAGAUUCACCCCUCUCUGGCGGCGUCUGGGCGACUGUCUCGCCAUCAUCGAGGAGAAGCCGGAGAUGGAACAUAUCGCUACCGUGCUCCUACCGCUCAUCGAAGCCUUGAUGGUCGUCUGCAAGUACGUCGGAGCCAAAACAUCAGCUGGAGCAGCAGCUCGUGCGCUGCGUGCAUCGACUUCUCCUCGAUCGCCUACAACCACCCGCGAAUCUAUGGAGGAGCUUUUCGUCACAUUCACGAUGCUCACCGCAAACGGCUCCUUCUCCCUUCUGGUUCACAACCCUCGUGUCCUGGACUUCGACAACAAAAGGAACUAUUUCAACCAGCAGCUUCAUCGGCGUCCGCAUAGCCGAGAGCACCAUGGCACUCUGCAACUGAACGUCCGGCGCCAGCGAGUCUUCGAGGACAACGGAGAGCAGAUCAAGUAUGGCAAGCUCAGCGUGCGCUUCUACGACGAGGAAGGUGUCGACGCCGGCGGUGUUACGCGAGAAUGGUUCCAAAUUCUCGCACGGCAGAUGUUCGAUCCCAACUACGCGUUGUUCCAACCCUGUGCCGCGGACAGGUUGACGUACCAGCCUAACAAGAACUCAUGGGUCAAUCCCGAGCACUUGUCGUUCUUCAAGUUCGUUGGUCGAAUCAUCGGGAAGGCCAUCUACGACGGCCGUCUGCUCGACGCGUACUUUGCGAGAAGUUUGUACAGGCAGAUCCUAGCCAAGCCAGUCGACUACAAGGAUGUGGAGUGGGUCGAUCCCGAGUACUACAACUCACUCUGCUGGAUCCUCGACAAUGACCCGAGCGCACUAGAACUGACCUUCAGCGUCGAAGCGGAUGAGUUCGGAGUUAUGAAGAUCGUCGAUCUCAAGGAGAAUGGCCGGUCUAUACCCGUCACGCAAGAGAACAAGCGGGAAUUCGUCCAGCUGUCUGCUCAAUACCGUCUGUAUUCGUCCAUCAAAGAUCAGAUCGAGGCAUUGCUUGCAGGAUUCUAUGAGAUCAUCCCGAAGGAUCUCAUCUCGAUCUUCAACGAGCAGGAGCUCGAGCUUCUCAUCUCUGGUACUCCUGACAUCGACGUCGACGAAUGGCGUGCCGCCACUGAAUACAACGGGUACACGAGUUCCGACCCUGUCAUUGUCUGGUGGUGGCGCGCGUUGAAGUCAUUCAACCGAGAAGAGCGAGCCAAGGUCCUGAGCUUCGCUACGGGCACGUCUCGCGUCCCUCUCGGCGGCUUCACGGAGUUGCAAGGAGUGCAGGGCGUGCAGCGGUUCUCCAUCCAUCGAGCCUAUGGUGACGCGGACCGCCUGCCGCAGGCGCACACAUGCUUCAACCAGAUUGAUCUUCCACAGUAUUCCUCGUACGAGAUGCUUCGACAACAGUUGUUGCUGGCGAUCAAUGAGGGAGGCGAGGGCUUCGGAUUCGCAUAG